UUUCUCGUUGAUGCUCUUGCGGGUGAUGUUGACGUUGUUGCGUAGUGUCCGAAGUUUCGGGCUAUGGUGUUACGUGUGUGAAGUUCGUCGCUGUCGUUGCAGUUGUUCUGGGAAAUAUUGUUGAAUUUCCGCCUCAUUGGCGAUUUGCUGCAAAUAUUUUUGUUCUGUUUAUCAACAGUGCGUGUUUUUAGUGGUCGAGUAUCGAUAACAAAUCGACUAUCAGUUUGUGGAAACCUUUGGGAAGGGUUCGUUCGUGGUUGCAGUAUGUAUAAUGUCGAUUGAUAAUACCGUCGUGUCAGCAACCGCAGCAGCAGCAUAAGUAGAGGCCGUGCGAAUGCACACCUUCGCUGGCGGAGAAAACAAAAAGCUAAAAAGACGCUCGAUGAGAAGCAGUGGCAAAACAGAAAAUAAGAUCUAAAAGGAAAGUGUUAAAUCACAGUGAAAAGUGGAUUUUUGAAAGUUAGUCGCGGGGUUUGUGUGGUUUUUUUUGUGUGUAUAAAUGUUCUGUGAAGAAGCUCGUUUUGAAUAUUCGAUCGCAAACAUUAUCGAUCGAUUUUAAACAAAAUUAGCGGUGCUAGAUAUAGAUACUGUCUUGCUGAGUCGCCGCUACUACAGUAAAGGAAUUCAUCUACAGCUGCCAAAUGUAAGUCGUCGAACAUGUGUGUUCUUACUGAGUCUGCAAAUAAUUUGAAGCGAUAAACACCCCCACACAUAUGUCGGACAGAAAAGAUUUGUCAUAAGCACAUCAUCACUGAAAAACAUUAAAGAUCACAUUUGACCCACCAUCCGCGCCAAAUGGCCCGCCGCCCCAUUUGACACAACCCACACACACGCAACGCGAAACGAAAAUGCCCAGCAGUUCGAGUGGGCCUCCGCCCCAUUCCGGGCCCUCCGGUUUGGCAGGGCAUCACACUUCAACGCUGAGCCGCCAGCAACGGCCGAAUCACCUGGCACCCGGCUCGUUAAAUGUGGUCGCGAUGGCCGGAUUGGGAGAUCCGCUCCCUCCGGAGACUACUUUUGUCGUGCCUCCGUCGAUAGUUCUUCCGCCGGAAGUUGGCAGUGGCGGCAAUGGAAGUGUUUUCAGUGGCAGCAAUAACAACAGUGGCAACAGUAGCGGUCUAAUAGGUGGCUGCGGGGCAACACGCAACAUCAUCUCCAGCCCCAUCCAGGCCGGUGCGGGACCAUCCAAAGGGCUGCUGAAUGGACCCGGACAGAACAAUUGCUUCCUGAAUUGUGCCGUUCAGGUCCUCUGGCACUUGGAUGCCUUCCGACGAGCGUUCCGGCAGCUCCAGAAUCACGUCUGCGGCGGACAGGAUUGCAUAUUUUGUGCCCUCAAGGAACUCUUCUCCCAGCUGCAGACCAGCUCCGAGCCGGCCCUCUGCCCGGAACCGCUGCGUCGAGCGCUCGCCAGCGGACCGCUGGCCGGUCGUCGUUUCCCGCUCGGCUGUCUCGGUGACGCCGCCGAGUGCUUCGAGCUGCUGCUGCAUCGGGUCCACCAGCAUCUUUCCCCCAGCGAUGGGGACAGCUGCGAGGUUCCGCAGUGCGUCGCUCACCAGCGCUUCGCCAUGCGAGUGGUCGAGCAGAGCGUGUGCGAGUGUGGUGCCAACUCGGAGCAGCUACCGUUCACCCAGAUGGUACACUACGUUUCGGCGUCGGCACUAACCUCGCAGAGUAACCUAUCGGCCCAGAACCAGCAGAGUAUCACCUUCGGUCAGCUUCUGCGCAACGCCGGCAACAUGGGGGACAUUCGGGACUGCCCGAGUGCCUGCGGAGCGAAAAUCGGCAUCCGGCGCGCGCUGCUCAACCGACCGGACGUGGUGUCGAUCGGAGUGGUCUGGGACUCGGAGCGUCCGGCAGCCGACCAGGUGCACUCGGUGCUGAAGGCGGUCGGAACGUCCCUCCGGUUGUGUGACGUCUUCCAUCAGGUUUCCGACCAGCGGUGGGCUCAAACCGUGAGCCACGAGUUGGUCGGGGUGGUGUCCUACUAUGGCAAGCACUACACCACAUUUUUCUUCCACACGAAACUCCGGGUGUGGGUGUACUUCGAUGACGCCAACGUGAAGGAGGUUGGACCCAGCUGGGAGGGAGUGGUGGACAAGUGUUCCCGCGGACGGUACCAACCGCUGCUGUUGCUGUAUGCGCUCCCCCAGCCGCAACCGCAACCCCAACAGAUGAAGACACAGGAGCUGGCUGCUAUGCAGCAGGCGCAACAUCGCAGGGCAGUCACUCCAAGCCCGGAGAAAGCUCCUAUGGGGUCGCAGAUUCGGAGGGCCAUCACACCCACCCCGAACCGGGCGGUCGCCGUAUGCGAUUACCAAAAUCUGAGCGUCAUUCAAAGUAAGAUCUUCCCGAACGAUGAUAAGGAGAACUACAUCAGCCGCAAAGCGGUCCAGAAUGUGCUGAACGCACAACAGUACCAGAAUCUCUCUGUUAUCCAAGACAAAAUCUUCCAACAGCAGCAGCAACCGUCAGACACGGAUAAAGACCAGGUGGGGUAUAUAACGAAGAACGCCCUGAACGCCCAAAUGAGAAAGCAACCGAUGAAUCUACAUCGCAGUUUGAGCGCCGAAUCCGGUCAGGUGUCCCCACCGUCUUCCUCCACGUCCUCCCCGGAUGGUCUGUCAAUUCCGGACCAUCUCAACCAACCGCGUCGACGUGAUUCAGGCAACUGGAGCGGAGAUCGCAACUCCGCGUCCUCCUCGUCGUCAACCACCCUGGAUAAUCCAUAUCUCUAUCUGGUGGGCAAGCGAAAUGGGAGCGUCCCUGUGAGUCCAACCCGCCAGGGUCAGUUCUACGACGCUGGGUACGACUCGUACUCGCUCUCGUCCACCGAUUCCUACCCGCCGAAACACCCAGCCGGUAGCAACAAUAUGCACCUGGCGAAGAUCCCCGAGUCGGUCGUGCUGAGUGGCGAUUGCGAGAAACUCUGCAUGGAAGCGGACCAGCUGCUGGAGAAGUCACGCAUACUGGAGGAAGCACACGAUCUGGAGACGGCGUUGGUGCUUUGCAAUGCGGCUGCCAGCAAAGCGCGUGCCGCGAUGGACGCUCCCUACAGCAACCCGCACACGAUGACCUUUGCCCGGAUGAAGCACAAUACCUGUGUGAUGCGCGCCCGAUCGCUGCAUCGGCGAAUACUGAUCGAGAAGGGAGGCGAGAUCAUAAAGGAGCAGCAGCAGCAACAGCAGCAGCUCGCUUACAAUUUGGCCGGGAUUGGUAGCGGAGGAAUUGCACAUCGAAGGCAGAAUAGUAAAGAAAAGUUGCUUAGCAGUGGCCGCCAGAAUAGCAAAGAAAUGCUUCAUGAAACGGGGGGAUCAACGGCAGCGCACGGUUCGCCCUCGAAGAAUAUUGAAAUUUAUGCCACACUGCCGAAGAAGAAGGUCACCCUGAAACUGGUGGAGGCGGAGAACAUCGAGGAGGUUGUCACUGGGACGGUCGAUGUCAAACCGGAGCGCGAGAGUCGGUCGCUGUUUGGCCGCAGUAAGGACUCCAAGGAGAAGCGGAGUCGCUCGGAGGAUCGGAACAAAAUUAACCGCGAUUUCCAGCUGGCCGAUCCGGCCCUGGUUAAUGCCAAGGAUACCCUCAAGAAGCACAAGGAGGAGAAGGAGUCAGACAAGAAGGAGAAGGAUACGAAGGGGGGCAAGAAGCAGCACAAGAUCCGGAGGAAGUUGUUGAUGGGUGGCUUGAUUCGACGCAAGAAUCGUUCGAUGCCGGAUCUCACCGAGGGAGCGGGAGCGGCGGAUGAGCAACCGGCGGCGGUUGCCCCCGUCAAGCAGAUGGUGUCGAUCGAUGACAGUACGGUAGGACUUAGUUUGACAAAGGAUCCCGCUGCCAGCAGCGGGUAUUUGUCGGAGGGGUACUUCGAUUAUCAGGUAUCCAAUACGAAUCCCAACCUUGAGCGCAGUAAACUUAUGCGAAAGAGCUUUCACGGCAGUGGAAAAACCUUGUCAAUACCGAAGGUCCCGCCACCUCCGCCAGUGCGACUAGGUUCCUCACUAACGGGGCCACCACAGCAGCAAGCGCCACCUGCGUCGCAACCACAACAACCACAACCGCAACAAAUGCUACAAGUGCAGAAGCUUCCGUUGAACGGAGCCAACCUUCGCCAUUUGGAGUUCCAGGAGAAUCACCCGCCGGCUUCCCCACUGGAACCGUAUCACAGGCCGAACCUGUCCAACAUAUCAACCAUGAGCUCGAACACCAGCAUGAGCGAGGAUUCCUGCCAGACCAUCAUAACGACGUGUGCGGUGGUCCACCAGGAGCAGUCCCCCAUCAAACCCCAAGACCAGCAACCCUACUCAUCAUCAGCUUCAGUCGAUGAAGUUGACUCGAUUGUCAAAUACAAUAACCACAACAGCAACAGUAACAGCACCAGCACCAAUGGCAACGGCAGCUCGAUCGGCCCCGGCAUGGAGCUACCGCCCUAUCCGAGCCCACCCUCGACUACGUGCCAUUCCCGUCAGGCUAGCGAAGACUUCCCUCCGCCUCCACCGGCCAUCGAUUUUGAACCACUUAACGAGCAGUUAAGCGAAAUUCAAAGUCUCCAGCAGCAGGGUAAAGUGACAACAACGAUGCAGCCAAUGCACCCGCAACCGAUCCAGAACACCACCAGCAUCCUCGCUCAGCUGCAAGCCAAGCAGCAGCAGCUGAUGAUGAUGAAUAAGCUGCGCGAGCAGCAACAGCAGAAUGCCAACAAUCCAAUCAAUGCCAGCGAAAUCCUGAACGAAACGACACGAUCGGAAGUUUGGUUGAAGGAACUCCAGGCCAAGCAGAUAGCGCUCAAACAGCAACAGCAUCAACAGAAUCAAUCCCCAUCUCUCCAGCAACAGCAACAGCAGCUGCUGCAGCAGCAUGAGCAGGUGAUUCAAACCGCCGGUGAUCAGCGAAGCGUGCGGGAUCUCGCUUCACGAUUCGAGCAGAUCAAGUUGAUACCGAUGCAGCAACAACAGCAGCAGCAACAGCCACAACAACAACCGACACUACAACAGCAGCAAUCGAUGCAUUCCAAUCCAACUAUUCGACCGUAUCCGAGCCAGGAACUGAUGAACGGAGCUAAUAAACAGCCACCGGUGCAGCUUCCGCAAUCGCUACAGCCGCCGAACGUCCGGACCGGUAUGAGUGGACUUCUGGUGGAUCAAAAGCCGAGGCAAACCAUCGCCGAUGCGUCAUCCAGCCGGGGUGUCGAUGAGGUGGAUUGUCCACUACCCUACAAAAUGCUCCCAAAACCACGAUACGACAUCGCUCAGUCCCAAAUCGCGGAGGAGAUCCGGGAGGUGGAAAUGCUCAACCAAGUGGUGCAGCAAACGCUUAACAAUGCGGGUGGAGCCGCCAACAUCCCGGUGGCGGUCGUUGGAAAACGAACCAAAAAGAAGAGCGUAUCCUUCUGCGACCAGGUUAUCCUGGUGGCAACGGCGGAUGAGGACGAGGAGGAUGGUUUCAUUCCGAACCCGAUACUGGAGCGAGUGCUGAGAACGGCUGGCAGUGGUGGAAGCGAUUCCGAGGAAGCACCGAGACAAAAUCAAAACUCCCCGCAGCCGACGCUGUCUACUAGUAUAACAUACCACCCGAUAAAGACCCAAUCGAGUGGCCAAUAUUCGCUGGCCGCCGAUAUGCACAAACAGAAUCUGGAAAUUCAACGGCAGCUGCAACAGCAGCAGCAACAGCACUACCAGACUCAACCGCCGCAGCCGCAGUCGAACGAUAGCUAUCAACAGUACAUGGCUAUUCCCAGCAACUCGGCAGCCUUCAAGAGCCAGCAGUUCCAGCACCAUCAGCCGCAGCAGUAUAAUGAGCUGCCGGUUCAGAAGUCGAUGAUCUAUCAGCCGCCUCCAGUGCCUACCCAACAGUAUCUCCAUCAACAGAAGCAGCGGACGUAUGAUGAUUCUGGGAGUGAACACAGCUUCGAGAUGAGACUGACUGCUCCCCCACCGGUUCCAUCCAGCUACGGAAACGUCCAAUCACCCUACAUGUCCGUACCGUGCCCAAUAGACCAAGGCUUCCAGACGGUGUCGGCUUCCCCCACAAUUACCACCAACUCAUCCGUCAUGAACGGCGCAUCGGCGAAUCCUCACAACGGAAUCCGGCAAAACAUCACAGCCCUGAUGCAUCAUCAACAGCAAAACGGAGCUAUUUUGAGGCAACAGCAACAAUCUCCGCUCAUGAUAUCCCAACAGCAACAGCAGCAGCCUUCCAGCGUCUACCAGAAGCCCUCGAUGCCUGUGAACUUCCAACAACAAUCGCAGCAGCAACAGAACCUUUUACAGUAUAACUCUAACGCCUACACUAGCUAUAACCCGCAGCACCCACAACAACAACAACCAUCCAACCAACCGAUCCCAUCGCCCUACCAGCGAGUGCCGAUGCCUCACUACCAAGACUCACCCUAUCAUGAUCUCCCACUCCCCCAACAGCUAUCCCCACCCGUCCCACAACAACAGCAGCAACAACAGGUUUACCUUCAACCCCCACAACAGCAGUCGCAGCAACAACAACUGAAACCGACCCCCCAGAAGAAAGUCAGCUUCGAGCCGGGCACCAAAGGUGGUACUGACGGUCCACCCUCACCACUGCCCCUAUCUCAAUCCCAAUCCCAACCCUUACCACACUCCACCGACUCCGCCCAGCAGCAGCAACAGGUUGGCCUGCCCGUUACGAGGGUCGCAAUCGCGACCUACAACAGCAGCGCCAUCGUGAAAGCAUCUGCCAAAGCGGUCCAGUGCAACCUCUGCCGAAAGAAGCACUGCAUUCUGCCCGCCAUGUACUGCUCGGACUGCGAGUUCUACAUGAGCCGCUUCCAGGUUCCCGUGCGUAGGUGAUCGCUUCCCACAUUUUCCCGCAGAUGGUGCUCGCGGGAGCAUGCGAGCAAGAGUGUGUAUAAAGGGGGGAAAGUAAGUGCAAAUUAGUUAAUUAGUUGACAACGACAACGCAAAAAAAAACAAAGUGCCUUCAAGGGCGGUCCUCCGCGCCGCCUUAUUUUCCGCUGCUGUGAACUCGCCUUAGAAUUUUGUAAUUUUUGUAGUGCUUAAAAAUUUCUGCUUAUUCGCGUGGCUCUCAGUUUGAAACUGAACGGGGCACCAGCGAGGUGUGUGUUAGGGUAAACCGGGGAGCGGAAUCUCAUUAGACCUGUUUUUGAAAAGCGGUCAAUAUGUGUUUCGCGUUUUGAGCUCGGAUUUGCUGGGAGGGGGAGCCAGGAAGCUCCUGUUGAUUGUGAUAUUUCGUUUACACUCGAUUAGUAAUGUAUUUAAUGAAACAGCAGAUCGAUAAGGUCGUCAUCGUGUUGAGAUUCAGAAAACAAAACGUCCAUUAGUCGCGUAAGAAAUCUUUUUUUUAAAUGUAGUCUUAAUUGAAACCAUAACCAUUCCCCGCGAAUGCGGUCCCGGUAAUGGGACCAGAGGAAAUUUUAUCAAGAUUGAACGAGAAUCAAUGCAUUUUUAAAAACAGCUAGAACGUAAUGAUAGAUUUAGGGAACGAACAAGACAACAAUCCGGUCCAAGCUCCAACUUCGUCGACAUUCCAUUUUUAACGCAUAGUGUGAGUAAACGUAGAGCAAAAAGUGUUUUCCGAAGGAAGACAAAUUUGAUUCCUGCGAGAUGCACACGUAAGUAUUAUACGACAAGGUGAGAUAAUCUGCCAAUCUCCUCGUAUUAAUUUUAACGAAACGAAUAUUUGUUUUUCCUUUUCUGUGUAUAUUCUUUCCGCCUCUUUCCAAAUGUGCUUCUGUAUUGCUAUACUUUCAUAUUUUAAUACUGUUUAUUUUUAAUCGUAAUUGAAAUAAGAUUUAUAACGUAUAUUUAAAACAAUGAAUAAUGAAAUAAAUUUCUUCUCAAUUUUUCCAGAGUAGUGAAAA